AUGACUGUAUGCAAAUAUUUCCUGGAAGGACGUUGCAAAUUUGGAAGCUCAUGCCAAUUCGAACAUAUUCGACCAUACUCUGGAAAUCAACGUUAUAACAAUCAAGACUCACGUUACAAUCAAUCACGUAAUAAUGAUAUAUCCUCCCGUAUUGCAUAUGUGAACAACUCGCAGAAUCAAAUAAAUAACAAGCCUUACGAUGAAAGGAGCGUAAGAAUGGAUCUAACUAAAGACCGACCUAUAUACCAAUAUUCUGUCUAUGGGCCGACAAAAGACGAACCUAAUCUAAUCGAUGGUACGGACUACUCACCAGAGGAGUUACGACUGCAGUAUUAUACAAUUAUGGGAACAUUUGGAAACGAUAUAUCCUACCUCUUUGAAAGCAAAGGGAUGGGACAAAGUGGUGUUAGAGACCUGGAGGGUCGUAUGCAAACGCAAAUUGAUGCUAUUCUUAAAGACUUGCGAUCUGCUUUGAGUAAGUUUGAAUCACAAACGAAACAACAACAGUCAUCCACCUUUGGAUCAUUUGGUAGCGCACCUCAAAAUUCCUUUGGGACGUAUAACGCAAAUCAACCAAGUACAUUCGGUGCACCUUCUGGAUUUGGUCAAACUCCAAAUCCAAUAGGAUUUCCAAGUGCUGUACCAGCCUUUGGGACACCUGCGUUCGGUGGUGGCAGUAAUCAGAAUCAGCAACAGCCUGGCUCCAUGAGUUUUCAAGGUCCGACUAACAACUCGCAAUACUCACAAAGGGAUUGGGACAUGUAUAAAGUUCCAGAAAUGCCACCAUCACAGGAAUCCAGGAGAUAA